CACUAUGAAGUCUUUCACGUAAGCUACAAUUUUGCGUGGCAUAUUCAGCACCUCCUCCAGAUGAUGCUGGCCAAAGAAUGAUGUUAGGUUUCUCACAGACAAAGAUAGAUUAUCUAUUUAGUCGAGUUAUGCUUAAAGCUGCGUCUCACUGAUUGAAGUCUUCGGGUACGCGCGAGUGAAAGAUGAUUUUCACGCACCGUGAUUUCUUCUGAGGAUUCAGCGUCUCUGUUGUUUCAACACACCUAAUAUUUAGAGGAACCUCGGGCUGCGUUUAUCUUUUUCUGAUCAUUUUUGUGCAGUUUUAACAAUGACUGAGAAAAUAGCUCCCUGGUGGAGGUCUUUCGUGGGCAAGAGGAGAAAGGCAGCUAGAGAAUCUGCGGCGACCCUGGAGCAGGACCUCCGUCAUCAGUCUUCAGGAGGGACCACGCAGCAUCCCUCCGCUGAACCGGACCAGCAGCUCACCUCACCGACACGUCCAACCAAAGAAACGAGCAGCUUACCGAGUGACGAAACCUAUGACGACUCAGCUGUUCAGCCAACUUUCAACGAGAGCUCCAAUCGCCGCAAUCUCACCGUGUCCCGCUCCGGACGCUUCAAAGAGAAACGGAAGACCCGCGUGAGUCUUCCACAGGACCACGGAGAUGAUGAGAAACCCGCUGUAGCCAAAUCAACCGACGUCCUGUCAACGCGCUGACUGCAACCGCGUUUAUCCGAUGGGAGAGCAUUACCUCCAGUCUGACACUGUUGAGCUCCGUUUGACUCAUGAAUGCAAUGCACUUAUUGAAAGUUAUGAGGAUAGACUUUUGGAGUAGCCUAGGUUAUUCAUAUCACAGAGGCUUUAUUUUCCAAAUGUGGGAAAUAAGCUAACGACAUUUCCCUGCUGAAAAAAUCUUAGCCUAGUGAGGCUAGUCUUUUGUAGGUUUUGAAGUGGGUUUUGACACUUUACAACCAGCCUUAAGAUCAGCAACCAUAAGUUGUUUUUUUCCCUGCAGGG